AUGGGAAAGAAGAAGCAAUCCAAGUCGGCGCCACCCCCGGGGCCACUCGAACCUUUGGCACCUUCAGCACCUUUAGACACGGUCGACCCUGCCGUCUUGGCUUCCCUGCUUGCGGCCGACUACCCCUUGAUCGACUCGUCCCUCAUUCACGCCUUGCUUCUCGACUAUGACCAAGACACGCUGCACAGCCAUGUCGACGAAAUCAGGACGCAGCUGGGAAUCCUCGAAGCAACGAGCGUUCCCGACACCGAUGCCCCUGGCUGGCAAGAGGAUCUAUCGAUAUGGGACACGGCAGGGCAGGAGACCUCAACGGACGCGUCGCGCUCUCAAAGCCGGCUUGGUGACUGGCUGUCUCACUCAACUGACCCGACGACGAGCGCGUUGUCAGAAGAGGAUGACGACCCACAGGCCGACGCCGAAGUGCUAUCUGCCUUCUUCCCUCAUAUGCCAAAGGCUAUUAUCAUGGAAGCCAUCGACACGCAGUCAAGCAUUGACGCUCGGGUCGACUUUCUUCUGUCCGUCGAGCUCAUCCGCGGCGUUCAGCGAUCGGGCGAGUGGCCCGAUCAGACCGAUGACGACAGAGAUUCGGACUGGGCCACGGUUGGCGCCAAGUCGCAGAAUGGCAAGAAGCAGUCACCGAUCAAGACGGGGAAAGGCAAACCCAAGGCCAAGGCCGCAACGAGAACGAUACCGUUAGUCGAUACGAUGCAGAGAAGACAGGGCUCGACGAAAAGCUCUGGCAGCUCGACACCCAACCCCUCAUCUGCCCCGCCACCUGACGUCUGGACAGCGUUCUCGUCGCUGGCGGCGUUCCUGGGGGACCAAGUUCGACGGGGCGAUUCGGCCUACUUCCUGACUUACCUCCAUUCGCCCGACUGGUAUACCGCCUACGACGCUGUCAUCGCUGCUUUAAAUGCCCUCGCCACCUCAUCUACCGCGAAGCCCACCCCCGAGGCCCAAUUCAUUCUCGAAUCCUUGUUCGGCGUCGGUCGCGACGACGAGGAGAGAGAUACCCAGAACGAGCUCUGGGCCGCCAUAAGAGCCGCCGACGGCGACGUCGGCGUUGCAAUCGACCUCGUCGAGCUCCUCAGAGAGCUCAAGCUCUGGCCCGACUACGAAGCUGCCAAGGAGCGUGAAGCCGACCCGUUCGCCACUCUGAGCGCGUUGGAUUCUGCGCUCGCCGCCAUCCCAUCGAGGCCCCAGACCCCCGAGCUUGCUCAAGCAACUCGCGUCCAGAACAUGAACCGCUUAACGAGACCCAAGGCCCCCGAACCCAUGGUCAAGCCACCUCCGCCAGGUUCCGUGAUACCUGCGGGGGCUGCUAGGCAGUUCGUCGACUAUGCGCCGCGCUCGUCACUUGCUCCAAACGGUGGAAAGAAGAAGGCACCCGCCGCCAAGUUGCCCGUCAAAGAGAAAGACUGGAAGACAGUUGCCGCCGGUCGCAAGAGGGCACCGGCUGCUACUCAUCCACUGGCCGCCAGCAUCCCCGCCUACGCCCGCGGCAUGCUCCCAGGCAACAACACGCCUGGUGCCCUCAAGGCUGCGCAGCUCGCCGAGGCUAGGGCCGCCGACGGCCGCCUGUCGUUGGAGGAAUGCAAUCGCCGGGGUGAGGUCGAGUGGCAACGCCGCGCGGACGCCAUCCGCUCUGGCGCUCAUCACUAUCGUUUCGCCGCUGGUGGUCGCAAGGACCUGGCGGCCAUGGCCAAGAGUCACUACGCUAUGCGGGCGCGCGAGGCGACGGCGGCUGCACAAUCCUGGCAGCUGAAGAGUGCUCGCAUCCAGCUGGAGAACCAGCAGGCCGAGACCCCCAAUGUCAUCGACCUUCACAAGCUCACCAUCGACGAGGCGGUCACCCUGUCUCUCGAGACCACGACGAGAUGGUGGGCCAAGCAGGAGAGAGGGGCCACAAGUAAGGGCGGCCCACAAGCCUCGUUCGUCAUCGUGACGGGCAAGGGCAACCACUCUGCGGGCGGUGUUGGUGUUCUCGGGCCGGCCGUUUACAACGCGCUCACCGACGCCGGGUGGAGGGUCAAUCGCCAUGCGGGCUACCUCACCGUUAGUGGAAAGUAA